UGUCUCUGUAGCGUUUGUUUGUGUAGAAACUGAGUCUCAGAGGAACUUUUUUAUGACUUUGUGACUUUCUUCUUCACUUCAUCACGGAGUUUUACAUCCAAACACAACACGAGCUGCUGCUUUACAGAGUGUAGUUUUGAAUAUGGGUAUUUUACAGUAAACAUGCAGGAGCAAAACAUUUAAAAAGUUACUGUAGUGUGUUGUGUUUAACUCACAAACUGCAUGUUUUUUAUUAUUUUUCCUGCAUGUAAACUUCUGCAACAGAAAUAAUCCACUGUAACCUUUGUUCCUGUACUUCCCUCACAGUCACGUGAUUUCCUCCUGCUCAUUAAACCUCAGGAAAAUUAAAGGAGUGUGUGUGUGUGUGUGUGUGUGUGUGAGAGAGAGAGAGAGUCAUGGGCCGGCUGGACGGGAAGGUGAUCGUGUUGUCUGCGGCGGCGCAGGGAAUCGGCCGAGCCGCUGCUCUGGCUUUUGCUAAAGAAGGAGCUCAGGUCAUUGCGACGGACAUCAACGGAGAGAAACUGAAAGAACUGGAUGGAAGUGCAGGAAUCAGGACGAAGGAGCUGGAUGUGACGAAACAGGACCAAGUGGAAGCUCUGGCUAAAGAGCUGGAGCGAGUCGAUGUGCUGUUUAACGUCGCGGGGUUUGUUCAUCAUGGUACGAUCCUGGAGUGUGAGGAGUCGGACUGGGACUUUACCAUGAACCUGAACGUACGCAGCAUGUACCUGAUGAUCAGAGCUUUCCUGCCCAAGAUGUUGGCUCGCAGGUCGGGGAACAUCAUUAACAUGGCGUCUGUGGCCUCAAGUAUCAAAGGUGUAGUGAACAGGUGUGUGUACAGCACGUCUAAAGCAGCAGUCAUCGGUCUCACCAAGUCUGUAGCUGCAGAUUUCCUCGAGCAGGGGAUUCGCUGUAACUGCAUCUGCCCCGGAACUGUAGACACUCCGUCACUCAGAGACAGAAUCCAGGCCAGACCUGAUCCUGAACAGGCGUUUAAGGACUUCAUGGCGAGGCAGAAGAUCGGCAGGAUGUGCACUGCAGAGGAAGUGGCUCAUCUGUGUGUUUAUCUCGCCUCCGAUGAGUCGGGAUACGUGACCGGAGCUGAACACAUCAUCGAUGGAGGAUGGAGUCUGUGAUUAUUUCACACUGUGAUGGAGCUGCUGUGAAAUUUACUACAUUAUGAAGGGAAAAAAAAAAUUAUAUGUUCCUGUCAUUUCCUGUCAUGAUUUAAAACAUAUCACGUCAUACUGUUUUGGAUAAUAUUAAAUCAUUAAUCAAAUAAAAGACAAACAGAGUGUAAAGCAUUAAUGAUUAUGGUUCAGUCUUGAGAUUAUUUUAUUAUUUUUUGUUUACACCCAUUCAUUUUUGAAUGAAAGGGUGGCAAUAAUUAUUCUUUCUCACUCAAAAUGUCUCCUAAUCCUAAUGUGAUGAGCCCUAAUCUGAUGUAGUGAUGUUAUUUCUAAUAAAUUUUAAAGAUUUAAAUGUUA